ACAACGCCUCAUUUGUAUUUCGUAUUUGCUGACUUGUGGACGAGUGGAAGUGCAUUAUUUUUUUCGCCGCCAAGAAAAAUUAACAAAAUAAAAACAAGAAAAUAUCAAUUGAAUCGCCAACAAGUAAAAGAACUUUGCUGAAUAAAAAUAUUUUAAGUUGGAGUAAAGGAAGCACAACAAGAUACAAACAAUUUUCUAUAUGUGUGUCCAUACACAGCUGUGUGAUGAACACAUGCCGGCAAGCAGAAAUGUAUAAGAAUCGCAUAUGAUUCUGCCUAAUCAAAAGAGUAACAAGCGAAAGUUUUCCAGUUGUACGACUUGUAAAAAACAGUGUUUGAUUGUGAAACAAAACCAUUGAUUCAUUUAAGCAUUUGGGACUUCCAGGCUCUUUAAUAACUGAGUUAGAUAACAACCCUGAUUUUAGAAAACAGCCGCAGUGAGUUUAAAACUGUAACUUGGUUGCUCUGAGAAACACUGGUCGCUGUUUUUAUUCACCUCAAAGCCAGCAGUACGUACAGCUGGGUUUGUUUACAAGCAUCAGCUGUUUCAAAAUACACCAAUACAAGAAACCAUGUUGGGCGCAACUGAAGCUUCAGCUAAUAUAACAGCACCAAGCGUAGAUGCUGUGGGCAGUGUUCCGGUUACCUCUGCUGCACAGACUUCGGAGAGACGUUGUGAAAAUCCCGAUUGCAAUGUCAACAAACUGAUAUCGAUGGUGCCAAAACGCAAAACCACCCAAUUUAUUUCCGAACCAUUGGUAAUGGAUAAACCCAUGUUGGUAAAUGGCUUUACAGCAGUGUUUCAAGUGGAUGGCAAAUCGGCCAAGCUGAUGGAUAUAAAAAAUCCCAAUGGUGAUCCCAGCUCAACAUCAAUUUAUCGCAUUGUUCCCAACUCACAUGUCCAUGUGGUCAAUUAUGUGGUAGUCGAUACGGACGAAGCAUAUUUAAAGAAAAUUACCGAUAAUGAUCCAGCCACAAUGCAGAAACUUUUGACAACACAAAAGGACAGUGCCGACCAGAUGUUAAAGAAAAUCAUGAAUGGACAGGGUCCUGCAUCGGCGGCCACUACAACAGUGGUGUCUACAAUCAAUCCUGUUGGUAUUAACAGGAACUUGCCCGAAACACAUGGAUCUUCGGUGCCGCUUGGCAAUAUGGCAAUGCCAUCGUCUGUAUCCUCUCUUAGUGCAGGUGUAGGCAAUAGAACCAUGGUUGGAAACCAUCCAGCGACAAUGACAAUUGGUAACGUUGGCUCUUUGUCGACGACAAUUAACAAGUCCAACAAACUACCUUUAGCACCUAGUAUUGGUACAUCUCCCUCAAUGCAGGUUAAUAUGCCGAAAAUCGCACAAAAUUCCCCUAUAAAUUUGCCAGUGCGUAUGCAUCCUAACUUGAAGAUAACCGCAGUAGCGAGUGGUGAUACGAUUGGUGCAAAUGUCAUAAAUGCAAGUGGGUCUAAUGUCAAUGUUAAUCCUCCUCCACCAUUCAUCCAACCUGUACCAUUGGCAAGUUUACAAUCUCCCUCACCUGCUGUCAUUCAACAGAUAACUAAGCCAACCAUUUCACUGCCUCUUAAUCCAAUAAUGGGUCACACUACCAUGGAGGUGGCCGACAAGCCAACUUACGAUAAAAUGCAAGAGGAGAUCAAUGAUCUGAGGCGAACUGUGGCCAUGCUGGCAGAGGCUCAAGCAAAAAAUCAAACACAAACUGCAACUCAUACACAAGUUCAACAGCCUGGUGUAUCAAGGCCCCCUAUGAAAAGGCCACGCAUCGUGCCAAAACCUUAAUCUUUGAGCAUUAAGUUUUCGAACUCCAUUAUUGUUUGCUCCAUGCUUUUUUACAUUUAUUUCUAAGCCAUUUUUUCACAAACUUUUUUAGUUUUUCAACAAUUUCCAAUGAUAAUGUUAGGGCACAGCCCUAGCUAAAGUAACUAAAAUUCUAUAGCUUAAUAAGUACACCCCCAAGUUCAACUUAUUUUUGAACAUUUAUUUAUACAUGUUAUUUUAUAGAAAUAAAAACCAAUAAAAAUUAUUGUAAUGGUAAUUAAAACAAAUGUA